CUGGAUGGACUGGGGAGAAGAAGGGAUGAAGCCAGAGUGGGGAAAGGGAAAAGAGGGGGGGAAGGGGGAGGGGGAAGAGGGGGGGAAGGGGGAGGGGGAAGAGGGGGGAAGGGGGAGGGGGAAGAGGGGGGAAGGGGGAGGGGGAAGAGGGGGGAAGGGGGAGGGGGAAGAGGGGGGAAGGGGAGGGAAGGGGGAGGGGGAAGAGGGGGGAAGGGGGAGGGGGAAGAGGGGGGGAAGGGGGAGGGAAGGGGGAGGGGGAAGAGGGGGGGAAGGGGAGGGGGAAGAGGGGGGAAGAUGAGCCGCUGCAUCAUUAGAAUCGAA